CGUGCUCAGCCGGGUGGGCACAGGUGCCAAGGAGGGGCAGCCCGCGAAGCUGUCGCUGCUGGCGACGUGUGCGGGGCCAGGGCGCCCGCGGCACGCUUCUCAGCCAAGGGACUUUGUACUGAUUCCUUCUACAAGUGUCAGCGUCUGCGGGGUCCGGACGAGCGCAGCUCCACGCCGCCACCAGGCACCCGAAGCAGCCUGAGAUGGUCCCGUCUGUAAUCGUUAGGAACCACAGCUCAGGCACACCCAGGCUUUGAGGCUUCCAAGCGGGAGAGCGAGGUGUGAAGCCGAGCUGGGAUUUAUCAAAAGUGGGAAGAGAGGCCCUCAGGUUAAGAAUGAAGCGCACGGGAGAGCUUGGUGUGGAUUCUCACAAGACUCCCCUUCUAAUGACUUGGUGGUCCUUGUUCAAGAGGUUUCCACAGGACCUCACUCUCCAUUCCUGUUCUCUUCUAUGAUGUCUGAUGGACUUCUUGCAGAGUGACCAGCUGGCUCAUGACCUUGGCAUGGAGUAUUAAUGCAAAAAUGCCAUACGAAGGAAAUGAAGAAAUUGGGAAAAUACUACAUUGCUUCAUCCUAUGUGAAGUAUAUAGAGUCUGCAGGUGCAAGAGUUGUACCCAUAAGGCUUGAUCGUACACAUAUAGAAUAUGCAGAACUUUUCAAAUCUCUGAACGGAGUCCUUUUUCCUGGAGGAAGUGCUGACAUAAUGCAUUCAGAUUACUUCCACGUUGCCAAAAUGUUUUACAGCAAGGCCAUAGAGAGUUAUGAUGAUGGAGACUAUUUUCCUGUGUGGGGAACAUGCCUUGGAUUUGAGCAGCUUGUCUUCCUGGUUAGCGGACAGAACUUAUUAACGCCUACAGACACUUACUCAGUGCCAUUGCCUUUGAACUUUACUUCAGAUGCAUUACAGAGCAGAAUGUUCCGGAAUUUUCCUGCUGAGUUAUUGGUAUCACUAGCAUUAGAACCUCUGACUGCAAAUUUUCACAAAUGGAGCCUCUCUGUGAAGAACUUUACAGAAAAUUACAAGUUAAAGAAGUUUUUCAAUAUAUUAACAACAAAUACAGAUGGUGAGAUUGACUUCAUUUCAUCCAUUGAAGGAUAUAAGUAUCCAGUGUAUGGUGUCCAGUGGCAUCCUGAGAAAGCACCGUAUGAGUGGAAAGAAUUGAAAGGCAUUUCCCAUGCACCAAAUGCUGUGAAGACUGCAUUUUACUUAGCAGACUUCUUUGUUUCUGAAGGUAAUGUAUAUAUGGUAUAAUCUCUUCACUCCAUU